GUUAUGUCAAAAAAAACUUCAAAAACGCUCACAGCUUUUAAAUUAUUCAAGUAAACAUCGUAACAAAAAAUGAAACCAUUGAUAAAACUAUCAGAAGCAGUCGUAGCUAGACUAACAGCUGUAAAAGAACCAUGCUUAGGAAACUUAUACGGAGUAUUUUACAAUAAAACUCAAUGUAUAACCUCUUUAUUUGUUAAUAAUAACGAUCAAACGUCUGGUACAGCCCCAUAUUUUCCUACAGAAAUUGAACUGUGUGGUGUUUUCGAAGUUAACACCUCACUAGGAGGAUUUGACCAUAAAAAACUUGAGAAUACAUUGACCAAUAUUCAAGUAACGGAUAAUCCAUUGUAUAUUAAAAUUAUUAUUGAUCAAAAUAAUAAAAUAGAAUCAUUUUUUAUCGUAAACGAUCAAUUGGAAGCAGCUAAAGUUGAAAUUUUAAAAGAUUACGAACUUUAUUCCGAUUUUAUGCACAUAAGAUUGAGGGCCCAAUUACCAUUGGUGUGUAAUCCAGAUGAAGAUAGUAUUAAAGAGGGUUUAGUAGAAUUAAAAAGAAACAUUGAUAAUGGAAUGGUUGCUUUUUAUUUUUCAAAACCAAACGUGUUCAUUUUGGGAAAUGAUGCUGAAAAUGGGGUUACAGGUAGUUUUACUGAAUGUAAUGUUGAAGAAUUGUAUUUAACAUCUCUAGAUGAGAGUAAAGGUAAAAGUAAAAAUCUAAAUGAUGUUUUGAAACUGGAUGUAAUUGAAGCAACUAUGUUUAAUAAGGUUACUUCUAAUUUAAAUGGGGAACAAAGAAGAGUUCAUGCACCCAUUGUACAGGUUGAUAAAAAAAAAUUUGAACUUUUAAACAUGGUUUUGAACUUGGACGCACUUUCAAUGGUUCACAAAAAACUCCCCGUAAAAAAUUUGUAUGAAAUUUUAGUCGCUAGUUGUUUUAGAAAUUUAUUUUUAUUACAAAGAACCAUUUUAAAAUAUUUCCAACAAAGUGGAGGAGACUUUUCCAAAAUUAGCUACCCGGAAAUUUAUCAUUUCUAUCCUAAUUUAUGUGGACAUUUUGUUACUAGAGUUUUUGGAAAAGGAGAGACUGAUGAAUCAUUAGAACAAGAACGAAAAAUUAUUCAAGAUAAAUUAUUAUUACCGUUAACAAUGCCAUUUUUCAGACGAGGAAAUCGAUACAUUUUUAAUUCCGACCAAGAAGAUGAUUCUCCGUUAAUUAGUCCUCAUUUAAGCGUCAAAAACACAAACAAUGGUGGUGAAAUCGCUGUAGUUCGAGGAAACUACGAAUAUUAUCAUUAUUCUCAACAAAAAAUGGAUGAUAACGGUUGGGGUUGCGCUUAUAGAUCGUUGCAAACCCUCGCUUCCUGGUUUAAUCAUCAAGGAUACUCUACUAAGUUAGUUCCAACCCAUCGAGACAUCCAAAAGUGUUUAGUAGAUAUUGGAGAUAAACCACCAAAUUUUAUUGGCUCAAAACAAUGGAUUGGUUCAAUGGAAGUGGGAUUUGUCUUAGAAACACUUUUAGGAAUAACCAGUAAAGUCCUUCAAUGCAGUUCUGGAGCAGAAAUGGGAUCAAUUGGUUUAGAGUUGUUAACUCAUUUUAAAACGAAUGGAUCCCCAGUAAUGAUUGGAGGAGGUGUUUUGGCACAUACUAUUUUGGGGGUUGAUUGCAACCAUGAUAAUGGAAACGUAAAGUUUUUGAUUUUAGAUCCUCAUUAUGUUGGUGGUGAAGAUUUAGAUAAAAUUAUUAAUAAGGGUUAUUGUGGGUGGAAAGGUGUUGAAUUUUGGGAUAAAAAAGCUUUUUAUAAUAUGUGUAUGCCUAUUGUACCGAAAUGUUUAUAAUUUAAUUCAUUUAUUUAUAAUUAAUGUUUAAUAAUAAAGUGGAUCAUUUUAAAUUUGA